AUUUAUUUGUAAGGUAGAUUUCAUAAAUGGUCACCAAUAUAACACUAUAUAUAAGGAUCAUUAGCAGUAAAUUUAAGUUGAUGAAGUAGUUCAAAAUUUCAACUUUCAUUUAAAUUGCAAUAUAUCAUAGAAAUACAGGAUAACUUUUAAAGACCUAAUUAUGACCUAAUUCAGUUUCUUUGUAUUCUCAGAAAAUAUGACCAGCAGGAAACUUCUUAGAACACUAAUUGAUUAUGAGGAAGAAGCCCAAAAUAUACUGAAUGAGCCUGUUCGUUCUUUUUACUACAGUGGAGCCGAAUACGGUAAAGCCCAUAGAAGGAAUAUAAAAGCACUGCAAAAAAUUUAUUUGUGUCCUAAUAUAUGCGUGGAUGUAAGUGAAAGAGAUACCUCAGCUAAUUUCCUGGGAUAUUCAAUACCUAUACCUUUGGGAAUCAGUCCAACGGCACAGCACAAACAUGCAAACUUUGAAGGAGAAUUAGCAACAGCAAGAGCAGCGGCUUAUCAUAAUACUCCCUACGUAAUGAGCUUAUUUUCAAACAUUUCAGUUCGGCAGGUUAUACAUGCUGUACCGGGAGUUAAAAUUCUUAUUCAAUUACAAUUUAUGAAAGACAGAGAUAUCCUAAGCAAACUGCUAAAUCAAUUUAUCAAUGAUGGAGUAAAGGGAAUAUGUCUUACUCUCGAUAUACCUAUUAUUAAUCCCACAAAGCCUGGUUUACUAUCUCUAGCUUCAAAAUAUUCGAUACCGAACAUUCCAACAGAACUUCGCGAAAAGACCAAGACAUCUCUAACAUUGUUUGACAACGAUCAUAUAACCUGGGAAGAUGUAGCGUGGUUUAUAUCUAAAUCUACUGUACCAGUCAUAGUUAAGGGUGUUUUAUCACCUAAGAAUGCCUUAGAAGCUAUAAAUAUUGGAGCAGCAGGUAUAUGGAUAUCCAAUCAUGGUGGUCGCCAGUUGGCGGAUGCUCCACCAACUAUAGAGGCUCUUAGAGUAAUUGCUCCUCUUGCCAAAAAAGCUAAAAUUCCUUUAUAUAUAGAUGGUGGAAUUAGAAGUGGCGGUGAUAUACUCAAGUGCUUAGCCUUAGGUGCCGAUAUUGUUUUUCUUGGUAGACCCAUUAUAAGUGGAUUAGUUGUUGGAGGUUACAAAGGAGUAGUUGACACUUUGAAUAUAAUAAAAAGAGACUUCGAAGCUAAUAUGGCUAUGUGUGGAUUUAAGAAUGUGAAAGAGAUUAACGAAAAAUGCUUAUGGGAAAAUAUAUCAAAAAUAUAG